CCUAUCGGUCAGAGACCGACACUGCCGUCCCCAUGGAGGAGAGGAGGAGGCCCAAGGAGAAGAUGCUGUCAUCGACAAGUGAAUGAGCGUCAACAUGGGUUCGUCUUAACGCGCUCCGGUUUUACCAACACCGUUCUCUGCGCUCCACUCGGCCGCUGCGGGAUGAUGAUGGCGUCCCGGUGCACAGAGCAAGCCGUGCACGAGUUCCUGCUGGAGAGAGGAGGGGUCCAACAGAUGGAGCUGAUCGAUCAUUUCCUAUCACUUCGGGAGGAAAACGGUCAGUUAAAGGAAGGGGUGGACCGCGAGGUGCUGAAACGCAUAGUUGACAGCGUGGGCUUCUUGAAGGUGGAGGACGGCGUGAAAUUUGUGUGUUUGAACAGUGAAGGCAGCGCGGAGUCGGUGAUGCGUUCGGACGCAGACGGCCACGAUCACUCCGAGUGUAAUGGUAACAUCCAGGAGAGGCUGGACAACAAUUAUGUCAACGGCAAUCCUGAAAACACACAGCAAACAGGAGCACAAAAGCCACAGUCUGCCAGCCUGGACAAUGACAAACAGUCAAAUGGUAAUGAGCAACCUGCAGCCCCCUCCCAGAGCAAGACCUCUACUCCUGGUGGUGGAGGGGAGGUGAAGCUGAGAGACAGGAGGAGGCGAGAGUCAGCUCCAGUUAUUGGGAUUCCAGAUCUGGACCAGGCCCCCUCUGGAGGCUCCAACAACCAGCAGAUCAGAGGAGCACGCAGGGUGUCCAAAGGGUCCCAGAGGGCCAUGCUGACCAGCUGUCUGUCUGAAGACAGCGCUCUGGAGGGGCUGGAAGGUAUUGGAGAUAUCAACACACCUAAGGGAAGCCGCAGGAACUUCAUAGAGCUGAUGAUGAGCAGUUCUCCUCAGGUUCGGAGGUCUAUGAUCAACCGUGGCUCACGCCUCCGGGACUCCGUGAGGAGUGAUGGCGACUCAACCUCCCUCCUCUCCUCAGCCACCGAUGAGGACUGUGCCUCGGUGACCCUGGACCCACUCGAGCAUGAGUGGAUGUUGUGCGCCUCAGAUGGUCUGUGGGAAAGUCUGCAGCCCCUGCUGGCUGUGGAGCCCAACCUGGUGACCAAGAGAGACUUUGACGGGUUUACCUGCCUCCACUGGGCAGCUAAGCAGGGCAAAGCUGAGCUGCUCUCCCAGCUGCUGGCCUUUGCCAAGGAGAACACUAUACCUGUGAACGUGAAUGUGAGAUCAAGUGCUGGAUACACACCUCUGCACCUGGCUGCCAUGCAUGGACACACACAGGUGGUCCGUGUGCUGCUGUCAGAUUGGGAAGCCGACCCUGAAGCUCGAGAUUACAGCGGCAGACGAGCCAUCCAGUCUCCCCCACCGCUGGCCGCCGGCCUGCAGGAGGAGGGAGUGGUCACCUCACCCGGAGCCGAGUCGGACAGUGAAAGCGUGAACGGCAGCAGUGGGGGAGGGCGCGGCUGGAGGUUUCCCAGAGUCCUCCAGGGCAACCUGAACCCGCUGCGGCUGCUGAACCCACCGGCGGAGGCGGCCGAGGAGGCAGCAGGGAAUGGGAAGACUAAGGGGGGCAUGCAGAGGAAGACGUCCCUGAGCCGGCUGAACGCCCGGCUGCACCGAGCCACGCGCCACCGAGCCCAGAUCAUCCACAGCGCCUCCUUCAGGGACACGGGGGAGAUGGGAAGAGGGGAGCUACCCAGCAGUCCUCUCCGAACCAGGCCGCUGUCCAACCUCUUUGGAUAAAGUUACACCACUCAGAGCCAGCGAUCAUGUUUGGAUUAGUAGUUUUCUCACCUUUGUAGUCUGACUGGUCAGAUGUUUUUUAUUACAGCAGUUCAUAGUACACACUCUAACAUCCUAACAAGCAGCUCAUUUUAAAGUUUUAUUAUUGUAGGACUUAAAGGAACUACUAUAAAUAUAUGUUUUUCUAGAGCUCUAAUUUAUUUUUGUUCCUAUUGCAGUUGUUAGACUGUUGUUGAGCACGGAGAGGUUCACGUAGCAUUUUAUUUGCCACGGCGAUUCAUUGAUUGAAAGCGGAGCUACAGAUCUGUGAAAUCAUUUCAAACUUGAUUUUUGCACAUGUUGUUUUGCCUAUAUUUUUAGAUCUGAUUUGUUCCUAUUGCAGUUGUUAGACUGUUGUUGAGCACGGAGAGGUUCACGUAGCAUUUUAUUUGCCACGGCGAUUCAUUGAUUGAAAGCUGAGCUACAGAUCUGUGAAAUCAUUUCAAACUUGAUUUUUGCACGUGUUGUUUUGCCUAUAUUUUAGAUCUGAUUUGAGCAGGUUGCAAACAUUACACAAGUAUCUUAGUUAAACAAGUUACAUAAACGUGGAUGUUGACAAAUGCAAAAACAACAUGCAGCACAGUCAUGUUUUUCACUGUAGUGUUGGGCGUUGUGUGGAAUUUGAAACACACUGUUACCCAAAACGAUGUUUCUGUUUGCAGAGUAAUAUAUUUCCAGAGCUCAGUUUCUGUAUUUCAGCCUCCUGUAACUGGAUGGUGCUUUUUUAAUAUAAUGUGAACAAAUGUUUUUAUUUUUUAAGUAGCAGAUAUUAAUAUCCAAACAGUUUUAACCACAAAAUUCUCGUAUCGGCGUACAGGCAUCAUGUUUGCACUUGUCACUUUGAAGAUUUUUAUUUGAUUAUGGGGAGAAACUGCAUGAACUAAAAGCAUCAUUCUUGAAAGUUAAAACUGUAGAUAUAUAAUUAAAGGGGUGACCACAUUGUUGCACCUUUAGAUACAUAGUCUAUUUUUUUUCCUAUACCUUCCACUUUUGUUCAUCGAUAAAUGGCGCCAAAAAGAGUGUAAAAAGAGUUAGUGACACUGAUGGGGAAAUAUUUCCAGAAAACCUUGAGUUAGAUCCAGUCACUUUCACAUUGAGAAGUUACAGGGAUUACAGUUUGUAUACAUUUUUCUACCGACUACAAUGUACCUCAAAUUUUCUGAAACUGGUUUACUUAUUUCAUUGCAUAAAAUGUGUGUGUGUGUUUUGGGGUGCUGUAAGUGACUUUGGCCUCUAGAAGUCAAUUGCAGUGUUUUACAGUGUUUUCUGACAUUCAAAUCUAUAUAUCUGAUUAUCUUUCAAUCCGAAAAUGAUUCUAAACGUGAAACAGAUUUACUAGCUCAUGCAGGAUUUAUACUUUAAAAUCCACAGGGAAAUAAAUACAUUAACAAGAAGUAGUUGAGUUUAGAUUACAUUCCAGACAACCAUAGACAGAACGUAGAUCAGUUUACAGUAAAUAUGCAAUCAAACUGCAUCAUAUGAUAUUUUAUAUCAUCCCCUUGUAUCUAAACCUUACAAUCAUUUACUCUUAACUCAUGUCUGUGCUACCUGUGAAUAGUACAGAGUCUAUCAGAAUGCUGUAUGUUUAGCUGAUGAGCACAGCAACUUUUAACUGGUUUCCCAAAUAUGUGAACCUUACUUCCUCAAAGACAUUUCCUGGAUUUCAUGAAUGUUCCCUUCGUAUUUUGUACCUUUCUACUUAAAUCCCCGGGCCUCAUGUAAUUGUACGGUUGACCUUUAAUGUAGAAAUGUCAUAUACAGAUGUGCUUUAAUGUCACUUUCUAAGCUGUUGAAGAAAUGUAAAUACUCUGCACUUUGCAGUUUAUAUGUCUGUAAAUAGUUGUGUCUGUCUUUUUGUGAGAUACUGUGAAGUUAUUCUGUGGUGUGAAAUCACUGUCAAUGAGUCACUCUCAGCGUUCUACUCAUUCUUAAAUGUGAAAUAAAGCAAUAAUUGUUUGCAUAAAAGUAAA